UGUGUCCACUUCUUCACGGCCACCCCUGACCCCUCCAGGUCUGUCUUCAAGCCCUUUGUCUUUGUGGCCGGGCCCAAGCCCGUGCCACAGGUGAGAUCUCCCACCUUCCGUGAUGACCCUGCCAAGCAGAUCCCGCGGUUCCAGAGCACGGUGGAUCGGCGGCACGAGCUCUACCACCAGCAUCAGGCAGCGCUGGAGCUGAUGGAGAGCAACCAGGUACCACAGUCCCUACCCCAGGAGCAAGGCCAGAAGCUCCUGCAGAUGCUGCGGGACCUGGAGAAGCAGGGCCUGGAGGGGAUGAAUGCGCUGCUGGAGGGGACAGUGGCCCCCUGCCCAGAGGAGCUGGCUGACCUCUUCUUCGACUGCGUGGAAGCAGAGAUGAAGUUUUACACAUAA